ACAAGCUCCCCCUGGCAUUCAGCGGAGGAUGAGCCGACUCACAUGAAGGUGAAAUAAGUCAGUUUUAAAGGUCAGAAUUUCAUGCGUAUAAUCUAUCAUCUAGACUGUUAAAUCUGCAUAAUUGCAGAUAGUCAAUUACAGCUUUGGGACAGAUAAAGAAAUUGCACUUGAAUUAAUAGACAUUUUGGAGAUUCCUUUCCUCAAGAUGAGUACAACUAUUGAUUUAACCACUGAAGAGAGCAACUAUAUGGAGCCUGUUGACAUGGACUUGACUUGGAAUGGUCCUGCUGUCACAACUUCAUCCCAGCAGGCUGAUGGUUGUCGUCCGUGUUUGAAGAAUGAAAUGCCAGGUGUUGCUGAGCAGCAGACCAUGAGAGUUUACCUCCGAGUCAGGCCCUUCUCAAGAGAGGAGCUCGCCGACAAUGAAGAUCAGGGUUGUGUGGUGAUCGAAAACAGCCAGGCAGUGACACUGAAUGCACCAAAGGGUUCUGCCACCAUGAAGAGCAGUGAGAAAGGCGUCGGCAUGUCACUCCACAAAUUCUCCUUCUCACAGAUUUUUGGACCAGAGAAGACGCAAUCUGAGCUAUUUGAGGAUACUGUCAAAAGCCAAAUGUAUGAUUUCUUGGAUGGGAAGAAUGCGCUGAUAUUCAGCUACGGUGUAACCAAUGCUGGGAAAACCUACACAAUCCAAGGAACUCCAAAAGAGCCGGGGAUACUCCCCCGAGUGCUGGACGCCACCUUUCACCACAUCGCAGGCCAUCAGUAUGAGGCUAUGGACCUGAAGCCAUACCUCAGGAAUGAUGCACAGUAUCUGGACCCUGACCAAGUCAAGCAGGAGAGAAGUGCUAAAGCUGCUAUUUUUGCUUCAGUCAAAGAAGACUGUGAUCCUCUCAGAGCCAGUGGUGGUGUAGAGUCGUUGUCCUCUUCCACCGCCUCCCUCUCAUCCUCUUCUUUGUCCCAGGAACAAACUGUGUUGGCAAGCAACCCAGCAGAAGCAGGCAGCAGCCAGUUUACACUAUGGGUGGCGUUCUUUGAAAUCUACAAUGAGUGCGUGUACGAUCUGCUUCAGUCUUCCCUGUGCACCAAGUCCAAGAAACGGGCUUCUCUGAGAGUGUGUGACGACGGUGCUGGAAACGCUUACGUCAAAGAUCUCAGGUGGAUCAACAUCCAGACCCUGGGUGAAGCCUGCAAACUCCUACAGUUUGGGAACAAAAACAGAAGCGCAGCAGCCACGAAGAUGAACCAGUCGUCGAGCAGAAGCCACAGCAUAUUUACAAUGAAGCUACUGAAGAUCGACGGCGGCGCAGUUAAAUGGGUCUCAGAGUUUUCCCUGUGUGACCUGGCUGGCUCGGAACGAUGCAACAAAACCAAGACGUUUGGAGAGAGGCUGAAGGAGGCAGGGAACAUAAACAACUCCCUGCUCAUUUUGGGGAAGUGCAUCACUGCCCUGCGCAACAAUCAGACUGACCGAAUGAAGAACAGCUACAUCCCUUUCAGAGAGAGUAAGCUCACCAAGCUCUUCCAGGCUGUUUUCUGCGGCAAAGGAAAAGCGUCGAUGAUCGUCAACAUUAACCAGUGUGCCUCCACCUACGACGAGACCCUCCAUGUCAUGAAAUUCUCCGCUGUUGCCAAACAGGUGGUGCAGGUGAUCCCGGACAAGCCUCUGGAAUCUCUGGCUCCCUGUUUGGUUGGCCGGGAUGGCAAACCCUUAUUGAGGAAUGGGGGGAUUGACAGCCAGGCGCUGGAGAGCUACCUGUCUGAGGAGGAGCUGCUGGAUGAGGAAGAAGAGGCUGACAUGUCUUUGCUGCCCCAGAAUGAACUCAUGAAUGUGAUUGAGAGUCUGCGAACAAAACUCCUGGCUGAGCGAAGAAAAAACCUGGUUCAGGAAAUGGAGAUUCGUAAGGAAAUGGGAGACGCAAUGUUACAGCAGAUCAUGGAGAGUGAAGAGCUGCGCAGUCGACAGAUAGAAGAGCUGAAGGAGAGCUACCAAGAGAAGAUGGAGAACACCUUUGAGAUGUACAAGGAUGCUAUCAAGGAGCACGCCUACCAGAGUGCCAUGAACAAUCUGGAAGAUGACUAUGUACCUCUGGAUGAGUUCAUUGCAGAACAAGAGAAAGUGGAGGCUCUGAAACGCAGAGUGUCAGAGUUGGAGACCUUAACAUCUAGAGGAGGAGAGUGUGCAGCUCCAGCAGUGAACCAGUCGUGCCAGACUCAACCAUGUAAAACGAUGGAAAAAGCAGCUGAUGAUCGUUUCAAAUGGAUUUACAAAGAAAAAUGCGCCAUAGAGAGGAUGUGUGAGGACAAACAACAGUUGAUUUUGUCCUUGGAGAAAAGGCUGAUGGAUCUCAGUGACACAUUGGAGAAGGUCAGAGAUGGCUUCAUGGAGAAAUCUGCUGAUCUGGAGGCUCUGCAGAUGAAGGCUGAUGAUCAGACAAAAUCUAUGGAGGAAAUCCUUCUGCAGAACAUUGAUAAGGACAGGGAGAUUGCCUCGCUAAAGGCAGAAGUUGCCACGCUCUCCCAGAAGUCCCCUGUGCAGCCCAAAGCCAAGCGAGGCCUGCUCGCCAACAUCAGGGAAGCGGUAACUUCUCCGCGGAAGUGUACGCCCUCCCGAACCCUCAGGAAAACUCUUAAGUCUACACCACGCUGAAAAUCCCAGAGACUUGGGGAGAGAGAGUUUGGGUUUUUAAAAGCUUAUCUUGGACAGUUUUUUUACUUGGGUUAAAAGUGAUAAAUUAUUUAUUUUAUUAGGUGUGUCUUGCUAUGUUUUUGGGUUAGGGUUUGUUUUUUAAUAAAAAUGGAACAGCUCAAACGUCUA